UAGAAAGCCAUCAAAUUCAGAUCUCCGAGCCCUUGCAUUUUUUUUUAUCGCCCAUUGCCUUUUUAUUGGGAUUUCUAGGCUUGGUUGGACUCGUUUUUUUCUGGUUCUUUCUUUUUUUAUAUCAUGGACCAGCGAAGAGCUCAAGACGAUCGGCUUCUUGCUGUAGCUGCUACGGCGGAUUCGGUUAAAAACGCGCCUCGAAGUGCUUCGAUGGACGUCGACAUAUCCAAUUUGGCCCAAAAGAUUGCCCAAUGUAAGGUCGGGUGGAACGCUACAAAGGAUACAAUCAUCAUCAUCACCAAGGCACGCGAUAACAAGCUUGUACGAUACACGCGUCAAUUAACGGAAUGGCUCAUCCUCACACCGCGUUACGGCAAAAAACAUCCUUUUACAGUUUAUGUCGAUGCGCAUCUGCAAGAUUCCAAAUUAUUCAAUUACCGUCAAUGCGUGAAAGAACAUCCUAUCAUGGAAGAAAAACUCAAGUUUUGGACUCCCAAGUUAUGUUUCCAAAAUCCCAGGCUUUUCCAUUUAAUUAUCACGAUGGGAGGCGAUGGUACGGUGUUGUUCACGUCGCGAAUGUUUCAAAACGAACUUCCACCGAUUAUUCCAUUUCACCUUGGUUCAUUGGGUUUCCUGACCCCUUUUCCCUUUGAAACAUACAAGCAGAAACUCGAUGAAUUAUUCAAUCAAACGUCAUUCCGCAGUACCACCCGAAUGCGAUUGUCAUGUACCGUGUAUCGUCAUCGCAAGAAUCCCGCCUGUCGCGAAAAGUCAGCCGAGGAAAAAGAACAAGAGUUGGAGAAAGAUGUGACGGAAGGUGAAGAAACUGUCAACCAGGAUACCAAGACUUGUACAUCCAAAUCGCCCGAAAAACGCUGGGAAUUGAGGGAAACAGCAUGGGUAAGAAAGCAGCUGAAAAAGAAUGAAAUCGAAAAGACGCGCGAUCUACCGGAUAUGCCAGUGUCGUGUUACAACACCACACCCUAUCAAACAUUCCAUGUCUUGAAUGAACUGGUCGUAGACCGUGGACCCAAUCCUUCCAUGUCGAUGCUUGAAUUGUUUGGUGAUGAACGUCAUUUAACUACCGUUCAAGCCGACGGACUGUGCAUUGCCACCGCCACAGGAUCCACAGCGUAUUCGCUUUCAGCCAAUGGGUCAUUGACGCAUCCCGAUAUUCGUUGCACGCUGGUCACGCCGCUGUGUCCUCACACCCUGAAUUUCCGCCCCAUGCUUUUACCGGAAAGCAUGACGGUGCGCAUUGCCGUCCCUUUCACUUCAAGAACUACCGCUUACUGCAGUUUUGACGGCCGCAAUCGAGUGGAACUCAAACAGGGGGAUCAUAUCAAGAUCACGCCAUCGAAAUAUCCAUUGACCACUAUCUGUACCGAGGACACUACGAAUGAUUGGUUUGCAGCGCUCCAGGAAUGUUUGCAAUGGAACGUGCGCCAACGACAAGGAACAUACAUGAUUUUCGAGUCGCCAGAAAGAAAGCAGAAACAAGGUUCACAACACGGUCAAGCGGAGCAAGCGGGAGGACCCAACGAACAAGAAGAACAGCAAAGCAAAUUCGCGUGUAUUCGACGAAGCAGUUCCAAGCGCAUCAAUUCUUCAAAUGCGAUUGUAGGCGAAGAAAUCACCGAAGAUGAGGAAGAAGAAGACGGUAGAAUUGAACUGGUUCCCUGGAAAGAAACGGAAAUGAAUGAGAUGCAAACCGAAGCUGAAACACAGCAAUAAUAAAAAUAAAUUAGCACGUCACAAAAGGACGCGAUUUUUUUCUCC